UUGAUCAGUCUACAGUUUAGCAACCAGGCGUUGGUUUCAUCUGAGUGUUUAGUGAGUUUCGAGCUUUUGAGACGAUGCCAAGUCAGUUACAGGUGUCGCUUAACCCCUCAAUACUUAUCACGCACGUGCGACUUGACUGAAUAACUUUUGAUCGAUGCACGGGCAACUUCAAACACCGCAGUUGACACAAACACAGACUGAACAACCGAGCAACCACCGCGCCGAGAGCGUGCCCAAAUCCAGAAUCAGCUUCCUCAUUAUCUCUGCUCACACGCCUCCACCCACCAAUACCACCAAGAUGUCUUUCGCUGGUAAAUGGGAAACCGAGACCCAGGAGGGAUACGAAGAGUUCUGCAAGCUGCUGGGUAUCCCCGAUGAAGUCAUGGAGAAGGGCCGCGACUACAAGCUGAUCACAGAUGUCACCCAGAACGGCAAUGACUUCACCUGGACCCUGGUUUACCCCACAAACGCCACGGUCACCAACAAGUUCACCAUCGGCAAGGAGAGUGAUAUGGAGACUAUUGGAGGAAAGAAAUUCAAGGCCACUGUGCAGAUGAACGGAGGCAAGCUGGACGUGACCUUCCCCAACUACCACCACACCACUGAGAUCGUUGGAGGCAAGCUUGUUGAGACCUCCAAAUCUGGUGCUGUAGUCCUGAAGAGAACCAGCAAGAAGAUCUAA